GGCCCCUGCGGCAGCCGGCCGGGGAGAUCCGGCGGUCCCGGCUUUCUCUCCUCCCGGCUUGCUCCCGCCCCUUCCCCUCCCCCGGCUCUUCCCGCCGCUUCGCCCGGCUCGCCUGCCUUUCCAGUCGGGCUGGGCGGAGGCCGUACGCUCGGCGGCUCGGGCCGUGGAACCGUGGUCACACCCUUUCCACAAAUUUUUGGCUGGUAACCGCACUGCUAGAGCUGGGAGAACUGGAGUAAACCGCCCUAAUCAGACUUGACUCCAGCUGGGAGCUGACGCUGCAUCAUAAUAACCAACUUUUGCAAAGCGCUCACACAGGCUCUUGGGUGACUUGUCUCAGAUUCUUCCAGAACUGAGCUCAUUGCUAAAGCCAUGGCCCCAUGACCAGGUGGAGAGCACUCUUUGUGCCUGCAACUCCGAACCCUGGCUGACCACAUUGAAGCAAUAUGCUCCAGCAGGUCAAUGGCCACAAUCCAGACUCUGAUGCCCAAAGUGGGAAAUCCCUCAGAGAAGACCUGCAGGAGUUCCUGGGCAGGGAGGCCCCACUGCACCAGCUGGAUGACCUCACCAAGGUGAAUCCUGUGACGCUGGAGACAGUCCUGAGGUGCCUGCAGGCCCGGUACAUGGCAGACACAUUCUACACCAAUGCUGGCUGCACCCUGGUGGCUCUGAACCCCUUCAAGCCUGUUCCUCAGCUCUACUUGCCAGAGCUGAUGAGAGAGUACCACGCUGCACCUCAGCCCCAGAAACUGAAGCCCCAUGUAUUCAGUGUGGGUGAACAGACCUACAGGAAUGUCAAGAGCCUGAUUGAGCCAGUCAACCAGUCUAUUGUUGUCAGUGGAGAGAGUGGUGCUGGAAAGACAUGGACGUCCCGCUGCCUCAUGAAGUUCUAUGCUGUGGUGGCUGCCUCACCCACAUCUUGGGAGAGCCACAAGAUUGCAGAGAGGAUUGAACAGAGGAUCCUAAACUCCAACCCUGUCAUGGAAGCUUUUGGGAAUGCGUGUACGCUGAGGAAUAACAACAGCAGUCGCUUUGGGAAGUUCAUCCAGCUCCAGUUGAACAGGGCCCAGCAGAUGACCGGAGCUGCAGUCCAGACCUACCUCUUGGAGAAAACUCGAGUGGCCUGCCAGGCCUCCAGCGAGAGGAACUUCCACAUCUUCUACCAGAUCUGCAAAGGAGCCAGCGAGGAUGAGAGGCUCCAGUGGCAUCUCCCCAAGGGAGCUGCCUUCUCCUGGCUGCCCAACCCAGAGAGGAACUUAGAAGAGGAUUGUUUUGAGGUGACCAGAGAGGCCAUGCUCCAUUUGGGCAUCGACACCCCCACCCAGAACAACAUCUUUAAGGUCCUAGCUGGGCUGCUGCACCUUGGCAAUAUCCAGUUUGCUGAUUCAGAAGAUGAAGCCCAGCCCUGCCAACUGAUGGACAAUGCCAAGUGCUCUGUCAGAACAUCAGCCUUGCUGCUGCAGCUCCCAGAGGACAUGCUGCUAGAGACACUGCGGAUUAGAACCAUCAGAGCAGGCAGGCAGCAGCAGGUGUUCCGGAAGCCCUGUUCCCAAACCGAGUGUGACACCCGCAGAGACUGUGUGGCCAAACUGGUCUAUGCAAGGCUGUUUGACUGGCUGGUAUCAGUGAUCAACAGUAGCAUCUGUGCAGACCCAGGCUCAUGGACCACUUUCAUAGGCCUGCUGGAUGUGUAUGGAUUUGAGUCAUUUCCUGACAACAGUCUGGAACAGUUGUGCAUCAACUACGCCAACGAGAAGCUGCAGCAGCACUUUGUGGCUCACUACCUACGGGCGCAGCAGGAGGAAUACACAGUUGAAGGCCUGGAGUGGUCAUUUGUCAACUACCAGGACAACCAGGCCUGUUUGGAUCUCAUCGAGGGGAGCCCCAUCAGCAUCUGUGCCCUCAUAAAUGAGGAAUGCCGCCUCAAUCGGCCAAGCAGUGCAGCCCAGCUCCAGACACGCAUUGAGAGUGCCCUAGCGGGCAGCCUGUGUCUGGGCCACAAUAAGCUCAGCCGGGAGCCCAGCUUUGUUGUGGUGCAUUAUGCAGGGCCUGUGCGGUACCACACAGCAGGCCUAGUAGAGAAGAACAAGGACCCUGUGCCCCCUGAGCUGACUGUACUUCUGCAGCAAUCCCAGGACCCACUGCUCAUGGUGCUAUUUCCAAUUAACCCCAAAGAGAAGAUCCAGGAGGAACCCUUUGGCCAGAGCAGGGCCCCUGUGUUGACCGUGGUGUCCAAGUUCAAGGCCUCCCUGGAGCAGCUUCUGCAGGUCCUGCACAGCACCACACCCCACUACAUUCGCUGCAUCAAGCCUAACAGCCAGGGCCAGGCACAGACCUUCCUCCAGGAAGAGGUCCUGAGCCAGCUGGAGGCCUGUGGCCUCGUGGAGACCAUCCACAUCAGUGCCGCUGGCUUCCCCAUCCGGGUCUCUCACCAGAACUUUGUGGAAAGAUAUGAUUUACUAAGAAGGCUCCGUCCUCGCAUACUUUCUGGCCCUCAUAGCCCAUAUCCUGCCAAAGAGUGCUCUGAACAGUCUCCACACAGCGAAGAGGCCACACUUCAACCUCUUCUCCAGGACAUUCUCCACACUCUGCCAGCUCUAACUCAGGCAGCAGCCACACCUGGUGACUCGGAUGAGGCCACGCCAGCCCCCGUGCACUGUGGCAGGACCAAGGUGUUCAUGACGGACUCCAUGCUGGAGAUUCUGGAACAUGGGCGUGCCCAGGUGCUGGAGCAGUGUGCCCGCUGCAUCCAGGGUAGCUGGAGGCUAUACCAGCACCGAAAGCAACAGAGGCAGAGGCGAGCUGCCGUGCUCAUCCAGGCAGCCAUUCGUUCCUGGUUAGCUCGGAAACACAUUGAGAGGCUGCACACAGCUGCCACAACCAUCAAGCGUGCAUGGCAGAAGUGGAGAAUCAGAAUGGCCUUCCUUGCUUCUGAAGAACUGGACGGUGUAGAAGAACACUUCUCUCAAGCUCCCUGUUCCUCGAGAUCCUCCCCAAAGCCCCUGAUACAGACCAGGCUCCUGGGGGCAAUAAUCCGCCUCUGGCCCCUGGGAUUGGUCCUGGCCAAUGCUGCUACAGGAAUACAAGGCUUUCAGAGGAAACUAGUCGUCUGGGCCUGCCUCCAGCUUCCCAGGGACAGCCCCCGUAGCUACACUGUCCAGAUAGCACAGCAAGACCAGGCUGGUGUCACAUCUAUCCGAGCACUGCCUCAGGGAUCGAUCAAGUUUCACUACAGAAAGUCUCCACUGCGCUAUGCUGAUAUCUGCCCUGAACCUUCACCUUAUAGUGUAACUGGCUUUAAUCAGAUUCUGCUGGAAAAACACAGGCUGAUCCAUGUGUGACCUCUUCUGACCCUACCUUCACCUGGCUGGGUGAUCCUUGGUGCCUUUUGUUUUUUCACAAGGCCUUUUCCCGCCAGCUGCCUUGCCAAAGACAUUUAAUGAAACACAGCUGCCAAACUAUGCCCAUAGCAUAGUGACUUCAAACACACGUGAGUAACAGUGAUGGCUCCAGCCUAAGAGCCAGGGCUGUGUGGCCAGUGGGCCUCGGGCUCUGGUCUACAUCAAGCACGGACAGGGUAUCAGGGCUGAUAGUUACCAAGCCAGGAUUAAGAAACAUCAGGGCCCCAGAGAACUUUACAUUUCACUACCUUCAGAGAUCAAACUAAGCAGCAGAUAUGACUCCUAAAGUGUUAUCUGUCACCACAGUGGGCCCUGGUUCCCUAUAAGCACUUUUGGGCCAAGCCUUGCAUUUAGUUCCUUAAAGGAAUGAAACCUUAGUAUUUAAGAAGUUCUUGAUUUAAUGUAAUUUCAAACAAUCAGAUUAUGGACCAAGGAUGAAAACAAUGAUCACAUCUUGAUUUUAUUUAGUAACACUGAUCAAGUUUUUAACUUACAUGGGUGUAAAACUUGGUAUCAUUUAUGAUGUCUGUCAUAACUGUACCAAGAAUAA